UCUUUCUCCACUUCUUUUUUUUUUUUUUAGAUAAUGACUGUAGUAUUAGACCCACCCACACAUCUUUCUUUUAAACGACCACUGACACAACCCAUUGAGGAAUUUUUAUAUGUACGGAAUGUGGGUGUGGAACCUAUUGCUUUCAAAGUCAAGACUACUGCGCCCAAACAAUACUGUGUUCGACCAAAUAGUGGUAUCAUUCAACCUUCAAGUCAUGUAGAAGUACAAGUAAUCUUUCAACCUUUCAAAGAAGAACCUGCUCCCGAUUUUAAAUGUAAAGACAAAUUCUUGGUGCAAACUGCCAUAGUCAAGCCUGAAUGGAGUGAAUGGAAUAUGGUGGAAUUAUGGAGUCGUAUUGAAGCUGAUUAUAGAGAUCAAAUGUCACAAAGAAAAGUCAAAUGUGUAUUUUUACCACCUGAAUUACCUCAACCAGUAGUAAAAAAUGAAUUUAUUUUAGAUGAACCUCCCACACCUACAUCAUCACAAUAUCAACAACAACCAUCAGAGAAUAAAAGUGAAGAACAACAAGAAGAUGAUGAUGACGGUGCCACAUCUUCACCUACAUUAUCAUCGACAUUACCUGCCAUUAUUGACGCCGCCAACAAAUCAUCUAACAACAAAGGAGGAUAUGAUCCUACAGCUUCAUCUAUCUCCCUAUUGACAGCACGUACAACUAUGGCCACUCCUACAGCCACAACGAAACCUUCUUCUCAUCACCAAUCAUCAUCAACUAAUACAUCAGAAUUAACUCAUCUUCAACAACAAUGGAAAGAGGAAAAAAUACAAUUACAGCAGGAUUUAUCCAAAGCGUUGGCAAAGGAGAAAACACUGGAACAACAACUCAUCAAAGAAAGAAAUGAUGCAGCUUCAGCACAUGCUCUAGUGGAACGAUUACAACAACAGAUUAAAACAUUGGAACGUACAGCGGCUCAUACUACAAAGGAUCAUAUAUCUUCUGGUCCCACAACAACUAAUACUACCACUGCUGCUGCUGCUGCUGCUGCUGCUGCUACUGCACAUGCUAUGCAAACUUCUCCGUUAACUGUCGAAGGUUAUCCUCCUCAAGUCCUUUUAUCAGUCUCAGCAUUUGUAUUUAUUUUUACUUAUUUAUUCUUUUGAUGGAUGACCUUUUUUUUUUUUUUUAGUCUAG